CUGAAGGCUUCCAUAUGGCCCUUGUGUACGUGUUGUGCCGUUUCUUUGUACUUCAUCACUAAGUCUAAUGGACGUGACUAGGGAAUCUGACAGCCAUCACUAGCAGGUGAAGCUCAGCUGAGCUGAACUUUUGCCUCUCCAUAAACUGUGAAACAGAAGAAUGCAGAAGAGUAUCCCUUGCCUUUUUGUACAUGAGUGAUAAGAGCACAAGAUCAUUACUGCAAGUUUGCUGCAAAGAUGAGUUCAGAGGAGAAGAGUAUAUCUCCUGCUCACAAAACAUCCACUCCAUCACAUAGAAGUGCCUCCUCUUCAUCAUCAUCUCAGAGGGAUAGGAGGCAGAGCGUUAAUAUUUUGGAACGGAAAGCUUCUUCAGGAAGCACAGACCCUUCGUUAAGCAAGCAAUUCCUUGAAACCGACUCUGUCUCUCUGUCCAAGCAGGAGCCUGACAGCUGGGAAAUCAUAGAGGGUCUGAAAAUUGGCCAGACCAAUGUACAGAAGCCAGACAAACAUGAAGGCUUCAUGCUGAAAAAGAGAAAAUGGCCCUUAAAAGGUUGGCACAAGAGGUUUUUCGUCCUGGAUAAUGGAUUAUUAAAAUAUUCAAAGUCACCAAUUGAUAUACAGAAGGGCAAAGUACAUGGGAGCAUUGAUGUAGGCUUAUCAGUUAUGUCCAUUAAAAAGAAGGCUCGCAGAAUAGAUCUUGAUACAGAAGAACACAUUUAUCAUCUGAAGGUGAAGUCCCAGGAUACAUUUGAUGCAUGGGUUUCAAAAUUACGCCACCAUCGGUUGUACCGUCAGAAUGAGAUUGUGAGAUCUCCGAGAGAUGCUAGCUUCCAUAUAUUCCCCUCAGCCUCUACUACAGAGUCUUCACCAGCUGCUAACGUACCAGAUGGAAAGGUACAACAAAAUAGCUUCCCAUGGCAAUCUCCUAUACCUUGCAGUAACAGCCUUCCUGCAACCUGCACUACUGGGCAGAGUAAAGUAGCAGCCUGGUUGCAGGACUCAGAAGAGAUGGACAGAUGCGCAGAAGAUCUUGCUCAUUGUCAGUCAAACCUUGUGGAACUCAGUAAACUUCUUCAAAACUUAGAAAUACUACAGAGAACUCAGUCUGCACCAAAUUUCACAGACAUGCAGGCUAACUGUGUAGAUAUUUCAAAGAAAGACAAGCGAGUCACGAGACGGUGGAGAACAAAAAGUGUCAGCAAAGAUGCAAAAAUUCAACUUCAGUCCAACUCUUCUGGAGAAAACAUUAGCGAAGUACCUAGCUAUAUAAGUCUCUGGCAUACACAGGAAGGGCCGGCACCGAAGGGCCAAUUCAGCACAACACGACGCCGGCAGAGACUAGCAGCUGCAGUGGCUACAACAGUCCCUUUCAGUGCCACGAUGUCUCCAGUUCGGCUGCAUUCAUCCAAUCCCAAUCUUUGUGCAGAUAUUGAAUUCCAGACCCCCCCAAGCCAUGUAACAGAUCCUCUGGAGUGCUCUACAGAAUACAUGAAGCUUCAAGAAGAAUUCUGCCUGAUGGCGCAAAAAGUGCAUUCUCUUUUGAAGUCUGCGUUUAACAGCAUAGCUAUAGAGAAGGAGAAGCUUAAGCAGAUCGUCUCAGAACAGGAUCUUACAGGUCACAAUGCUCAAAUAGCACACCUCAGACAAUCCCUUUCUCAGGCUCUCAACCAGAAUGCUGAACUAAGGAGUCGCUUGAACAGGAUACAUUCAGAAUCUGUUAUUUGUGAUCAGGUUGUCAGUGUAAAUAUUAUUCCUAGUCCUGAUGAGACAGGUGAACAAAUUCACGUCAGUUUGCCAUUGUCUCAGCAAGUUUCUAACGAGAGCAGGCUCUCUAUGUCUGAAUCAGUGUCAGAGUUCUUUGAUGCACAGGAGGUGCUUUUGUCUGCCAGCUCAUCAGAAAAUGAGGCUUCUGAUGAUGAAUCUUAUAUCAGUGAUGUGAGUGAUAAUAUAUCUGAGGACAACACCAGUGUCACAGACAUUUCUCGGCAAAUUGUCAAUGGUGAACUAACUGGAGGAGCGUUCAGGAACGGACGGCGAACUUGUCUCCCAGCUCCCAGCCCUGACACCAGUAACAUCAAUCUGUGGAAUAUCUUGAGAAAUAACAUCGGCAAAGAUCUUUCUAAAGUUUCCAUGCCAGUUGAGCUAAAUGAGCCUCUUAACACCUUGCAACAUCUUUGUGAAGAGUUGGAAUAUAGUGAACUCUUGGACAAGGCUGCUGAAACAGAUGAUCCCUAUGAACGCAUGGUUCUCAUAGCUGCCUUUGCAGCAUCGGGUUAUGCCUCUACGUAUUUCAGAGCAGGAAGCAAGCCAUUUAACCCCGUGCUUGGUGAAACUUAUGAAUGUAUUAGAGAAGACAAAGGAUUUCGAUUUUUCUCAGAGCAGGUUAGCCACCAUCCUCCCAUUUCAGCCUGUCACUGUGAAUCGAAGAACUUUGUGUUUUGGCAAGAUAUCAGGUGGAAAAACAAAUUUUGGGGGAAAUCAAUGGAAAUUCUUCCAGUUGGAACCUUGAAUGUGACUCUUCCAAAGUAUGGAGACUAUUACGUCUGGAACAAAGUCACUACUUGCAUACAUAAUAUCCUUAGCGGAAGGAGGUGGAUAGAACACUAUGGAGAGAUAACAAUCAGAAACACAAAAAGCAGUGUUUGUAUAUGUAAACUCACAUUUGUCAAGGUAAACUACUGGAAUUCUAAUGUAAAUGAAGUCCAGGGUGUUGUGAUAGAUCAAGAAGGGAAGGUAGUGCAUCGCCUCUUUGGAAAGUGGCACGAAGGUCUUUAUUGUGGUGUAGCACCUUCAGCCAAAUGCGUGUGGAGGCCGGGAUCCAUGCCAACCAACUAUGAACGUUAUUAUGGCUUCACAAGAUUUGCUAUUGAGCUCAAUGAAUUAGAUCCUGUACUGAAAGAUCUUCUUCCAACAACAGAUGCACGAUUCAGGCCGGAUCAAAGGCUUCUGGAAGAAGGCAAUAUAGAAGCAGCAGCAUCAGAGAAACAAAGAAUAGAAGAACUCCAGCGAAGUCGGAGACGGUACAUGGAAGAAAACAGCAUUGAAUAUGUACCCAAAUUUUUUAAAAAAGUUAUCGAUGCUAAUCAAAGAGAAGCCUGGGUUACCAAUGAAACCUACUGGGAACUACGAAAGGAUCCUGGAUUUAGUAAAGUAGAAAUUCCUGUACUCUGGUAAACUGAGAAUGUAGAUCUAGUAAACAUAUCACUCUCUGAAGAAAAAAAUAACUAUGCACAAUAUGUUUCUUAUAGAUAAGCGUGGUUUGUGGGUCUACGGAAAAACCUAUCAUUUGCAUUUAUUUUCAUCUUUAUAAUGGACUUUUGAAAGUGCAUUAGACCAGGCCCCUGACCACUUCUGGAUCUUUUUAAUUUUGCAGCAGCCAUUAAAAAAAAAAAAAAAAGAAAAAAAGAAAAAGGAAAAAAAAAAGAAAAGAAAAGAAAAAGGAACAAACAAAAACCUUUUGAAGUUUCAUAUAGUGAAAAUUCAGAAGAGAAGCAGAUGAGUUAUCCAAAGUCACUUGGAAGAGGCGGUAAACAUAAAACUGCAACCGGUGCUUUAAAAAGACAUUAAGAGUAAUGUAAUUAAAAUUAAAAAUUAAAAAAAAAAAAGGAAGAAAAACAGAAAAAAAUCCAUUUUGUUUCAACUAUUUUUGUUAAAAUCUUUUGAAUCACCACACUGUCAUUUCUGGCUUUAGGUUAGUCCUUUGGUGUACUGUGCUUGGACUGGCCUUGUCAAAACAUGCUUUUCUGAAAGCUCUUCCCAUUCAUAUGCCAUUGUUCAUGCCUUAAAGAAAAUAUGAAGAUGUACAGUAAGUCAUUUUAAAAUAUAUAUGCUUAGGCUUGUGUGAAGGACAGAUUUUUAAAGCACUAGGAUUUUAUCAUGAUAUAAAUAUUGGAGAACCUGUAUUAUUUAAAAUCAAAUGACAGCCAAACAUCUAACUGUAUUUCAGAGGAACAAGAUCUACUGUACAUGCUUUAGCUUUGGGGAGUUGACUGUAUAAUCUGACUGAAAAGAAGCUGCAAACUGGUUAAAAUUGAGGUAAUUAUGGUAAAUGCAUAUGAAUGGCUAGUCAGAAAAUUUUUAUUUUAAGUGGCUAAUGUUGAGAUCCGUUUGUCACUUUUACCACUGAGUGGACAUAGUCUUGCAGCAAUUUCAUUUCCCUAUAAUUGCUUAUACAAUUAGAAUUCCCUGAAGCUUUGCAACAGUGUUAUAGCACAGAAAGAUUUCAUGGGAAAGUCUCUGGUUCACUCCACAGGUUGGAUUGUACCAUAAAUGAAACAAGUAUUUUCUUCCAGACAUGCUGUUUACUGGCUCUGUUCUUUUCCCAGCCACUUACUGCAUCUAAAUUUAUAUUCAAGAGUAGGGCAGAGGCUCCUGUGCUUUGUAGCUAACUUCUGCUACUUGUGUUGCCAAAAUAGCUUUUGUGCAAAAUUAUAUUUUACAGUUUUUCCAAAAAUAACUCUAUAUUUUUUGUUAAGAACUGAGACUCUUACAUAUUGCUAAGGCUCAGUUAAUAUAUGUGGGAGAAGGCUUGGCACUUUCUGUAUGAAAAUCUGUGAAAUGCUAAACAGUAGGAGGGCAGAUUUUAAAAGAAAAAAAGUAAAUCUAUUUGGUAAAAUGUGCAUUCCAUAUGCUAUGAUGUGGUCUUCCAUUUGUACGUGUAUUAUACAUCCACUAACUGAUGCCAGGUUAGAUUUCAUAAAUAUACCUUGUAUUACUUUCUACACAGCAUACAUAAUGCAUACAAAUUUUUCUAGUUAAUUGAUUCUGAUAAUGCGACCCAAGAAGAAAAUGAUUCGGUAACUAUGUGAUUCUGCCAGAAAUGCUACACGGAUGGCUCUCAGUGCAAUACCACAUGUACUCAUCCCUCCCCUGCCUCUUGCUUUUGCAGUGCUAAUAUUAGUUUGAUUACUUAAUGUUCAUUUAGUUCUUCCCUUUGUUUAUAAAGCAGAACAAUUGUUUACUAGUGAAUUCCAGGUUCUUCAUCUUACCAGGAAGAAAUAUGAAAACUUGAAUAAAAUAUUAAGUAGAACUUGAAAUAAUUAUGAAAAAACAACUUGUGCAGAUUAACAGGAUUUCUUCCAAAGAAAAAAUGUAAUUAGUUAAAGAAUGAUGUAAUUUUCUUCCUACUUCAACAGAAUUGGCUUUUUUCUUUUUUGAGUUCUACAUUUGCUAUUACCAAAAAAUUAAAUUAUAUAAAGUUUUGGUUUUUUUUUUUUUUAAAUUGCAUUUGUUUGACUUGAACAUACUUGCUCUAAUGGUAUUAUGCUAGAAAACAGAUAGGCACACUGUGUGCAAAAUAGUGACUGAUUAUACUGGGUCACCUUUUUAAAUGAAAUAUUAUUAAGCAUUUGCCCAUCUCAUGCUCCAGCCUCUGCAUGCAGUUCGCUGCAGCAUUAGAAAGUAUUAUGUGUCUGCAAGUAUAUUUGAGGGACAAAAACUAUGUCCAAUUUUGUUAUGUGUAAGUUUUUGUUUUUUUUUUUAUUGUUAUUUAUUUAAAUACAAAAAUAACAUAUUUAGUUUUAUGGUGUUCUGAUAGUGUUUCAUGAAUGCCAUUCUUUGCAAUACAAACUUGGCUAACACUGAAGAUGCUAUUGCUGCUUUAAUUAUUCUUUUGCAAUUGUAUAUCUGAUAUUCGUAAAAAAAAAAGCAGCAUUCAGUUUUUAAGAGUUAAAAAGGUAUGAUACACUAAAUCUUUCUAUUGAACACACUCUUGAACCUAUGGAGUAUUAAAUUAACUGAAUGUUAAACUAGUUAAUUAGUAGCUAGAGGAAUUGCAGAGUGUUGCAAGAUAUUUUCUGUCUUUGUCAAAAUCCUAACAGUGCCAGCAGGUGUGCCAUAAGUGGUUUCCUAUAGUACAGAAUUGUCUGCAUUCUGUGUAAAAUUUUUGAUUAAAUUUUCCCUGUAAACCUGAUGGAAUGUUGUGACAGCUUGUUGGGUUGCAGUAUGCUUCUUUGCCCAAGUCACUGAUGAGAUAUUCAUCUACAAGCACUGCAAAUUGACCCAUCUUUGCUGACGAUCAGCAGUGUCUUAGCCACUGGUUUUUGCCCUUCAAGCCUGAGGAUUUGGGCAAUUUCUAGCCCACCUCAUUCCAUUCAGCCAAAUAAUAUUUCCUUUAGAAGCGCAUAAAAGGUACUUACCUGCUCAGCAGAUUUAAUUGCUACAGAUAUGGUGUGCAAUGAAAAUCAGUGCCAGUCAUUUGACAUUUUCUAAACUGAAGUUCAAUUUAAAAUAUAAAGACAUCUCCCUUGCUUUUUCUUUUUUUUUUUUUUCUUUUUUAAAUACUUAUUUUUGUGUAAAAUAAACAGCCCUUAUGCUUCAGUUCUGCAGUAGUGAAAUGUACUGUCAGUUAAUACUUUUAAGUGUACUUCAUUUUGUUCCUUGUUUGGUACUGUGGAUAUGAUAGGGCAACAAUAGAUAGGUCCAUUAAGAGCCAUGUCAUCUUAUAAAGACUUUAAUAACUACAUUCCUAUAUUAGAUGCAUAUUAAUAAGAUAGCAGAUUUCCCUGCAUAUUAGAAACUGUUACCUUGCUGGAAAUAAAAUUUGAAUAUGAGUUGAUUUUCAUAGUAUCACUGUGAUUAAAACGUCAUUUCAACACUCGUUCUAGUUUUAGAUAGAUGUAGGUUGCAUGAAAAAAAUAUUUUUGUGUUAGAUCCUUUUGUAAGAUGCCCAGAGUAUUAUAAAUAUUGUCACAACUUUUUUUCUUUCUUUCUUUCUUUUUUCCCCUCUAAUUCUGAGCUUCUGAAUCUGAAUGAGCAUAUAUGACAUCUGUGAGUUUUGCUUGAACAGGAGGUACCAGGCAGAUGUGAAGUGCUGCAGGACAUACACGUUACCACCACUGGUCCUGCCCUCUAAUGUAAAGAUUUGCAUCCCAGCCAUGUGGUCCUGCUUAUCAUGUUUCUUUCCACCCCCCAAAAAAUUGGAUAUCUAGAAUAGUCUGGGAGGAAGGAGAGCUUCAAUUGCAAGUGCACAAUCACUGAGAGGGCUGGAUAUUCUGGGUUUUCUUUUGUGAGUUUAAAAAAAAAACAAUUUUGCUAUCAGAGCUCGGUUACUAUGUUGCCUUUGUUUUAUAGGAUUUUUAAUUUUCUGUUGCAGAGAUAGGCACUGUUUCAAAUGCCAUUGGCUGCAAUAGUCUGAGGAAUUAACUCUAUUGUGGUUGUUCCUACUAAUUCUGGAUUUGCAAAAUGAAAGCAAAUAAAUUUUUUUUUUUUUUUUACGUUAAAUCUAAAGAAAAAAAGGAUAUUUUUAUUCAUAUGCUAAAAUUGAGGGGUUAUAUUGAAGAGAGAUUGGUUCAUCUGUGGGAAAAAGAUAUUAACAGAAUUGUGUAAGAAGCACUGAAAUUUUCUCACCUGUUGGCAUGUAUUAUACAGACACCCUGGAGAAGGCUUUGGAGAAGGCUAAGAGAUUGGGUAUGUCUUAACUUAUUUGAGCAGAUACUGACGCUGCUAUACAGCAUUUUCAUCUUGGAUGUCAUUAAGUCCCUGAAAUUGAGCAUAUAUUGCUUGAGGUCAAGAUGGUCAGAGGUACAAGUGCAACUAUGUUUUUGUUGUUGUUAAGCUGCUCGAAACUGUAAGGGAAUAUUCAGUAUAAAACUAUUUCUGUACUUCCUAUUUUAUCAACCCUGAUUACUUUUAUUGUGAUUCUGGUAUCUCUCAGAAGAUAAGUUUCAUGGAGAGAAGAUGUGGUUUUUCUUGUUUGUUUGUUUUUGUUGCUUUUAGAUUGCUUUUUUGGUUUUGUUUUGUUUUAGAUGGGAGAAUCUAGACUAAGUGUGUUAAUUAAAAUUUAAUUAUUACUAAGCAGAAUACCUCCCUAAAAUCUAUCUUUGCACUCUCUCACAACAGGAUAUGGCACCACAAGAAUGUUACAAAUCUCAUUAAGUUAAAAAAAAUAAUAAUAAAAAAAUAGGCUUAUUUAUAGUGGUUGAUUCUGUUCUUUAUAGUAUGCAGAGUAAAGGAUAUGAUCACAAAUUUCUUUAAACUUAAGCAUGUAAAACCUUUUGUUUAGUAUCUUGGUGUGCAUUCUAUCCUUCUUUUGCUAAGUUUUAUAGUAUCAUUAAUCCCAUCAUGUCCUUUUUUUUUUUUUUUUUUUUUUUCCUUCCCUUGUGUUCUCUGACAAACCUCAGAGAAGGGAGAGACUGUCAGUGGCACCCUUGCAACAGAGCAGAAAAAAUUUUAACUUCUACAGAUUAAAAUGUUGUAGCAGCUGUUAAACCUGUUUCAGGCAGGUGAUGUUAAUACCGUUUCUCUUUCCAAUGUUCCAUGACAGUAUGAGAAAAGGGAGGAUUGGUGACAUUUGCUCAGAAUUGAUUCUGAAGGUGAAAGGAAAUUUUAUUCCAUUUAUAAGUAAAAAUAACCGUAGGCAGUAUUUGUCUGAAAUGAUAUUGGUAACAUGGGCAAAGAGAGUUAGAAAUUUCAUAAGUAGGGAAAUUAAAAAGUUGGGGUAUAUAUACCACUCAGCAGCACAAAAUAUUUUUUGUCUUAAACUAUGAAUACUAAGGAUACCUAUUCACAUGCCUGGAGCCAUGAACCAGAUGUUGUCUCCCAUGAAACACUAAAAAAUAUCUCCUUGUUUACUGCUGCUUUUAAUGAUCUGUGUUAAUGGAUGAGGCAUAUCUUAUGCUAGGCUAUAAUCUUGCUGCUACAAACGAUUAGGAAUGCAAAAUGGGAAGAGAUAACCAGAGCCUUUCAAAAUGGCAGAGGUGGAUGAUUUAAUUGUUUGUACUCUAGGCAUCCUCAAGAUAAAAUUGUUAUACAAAAGCAGCACAGAGACUGACAAAUAUUCUAACAGAACAAUUCUUCCUUGUGUCAGUCAGUUUAGCCAUGAAUGCACCAUCUUUUCUCUGGAACUGCAUUACUAUUUGUUAUUGCAUUUGUGGCAGAUUGAGCCUGUUGGGCUGAUUUCUCACAUCCACUGAAGGCAGUCAGCAGUAGUCAGACUGGAAAUUCAGAUUUCUUAUAAUUCUCUGCUCCUUUGUCUCAUAGUCCUCUACUUUUUGUAAAUUUACCUCAACAAGGAAUAUUACAAUAGCAUUUUAAAAGUUCAGUUUAGAUUAACCAUUAGUAUUUUAUGGGUGAAGGAGAAUUCAGGAUACUUUCCUUAACUAUGUUCAAUAAACAAAAUGACAUACAACUAUCAUUGUAUUUGCCUAAUAUUUAACGUACGUAUGUGGAGAUAAAAUCACCAAUGAUGAAAUAGUAGAUAAAAAUUUGAAAAAUUUGAAUUAUUUGCUAUAAUUAGCAAAAGCACUGUUCUUUUCCUUUAAAAUUAUUUAUAGACUUAAUUAUUUUCAAAUAUUUAAUCCUCACUAAUGACCAAUUACAUAUUAAGUUUGAGUUUUGAAAAUAAAAUGGUGUUUGAAGCUCCUCAAAGGAUGGUUCUUCCCUCAUGCAGUUUGUUCAGAUCCAGCUCCCAGAUAAAUGCAGACCUAUACUACUCACUAAGAUUUUGCAUGGACCAAAAAGAAAUAUUAGUGGGUUUUUCUGGAUGAGAAUCUUCCUUUGCAUAUUGGCUUGCGUCUGUUGUUUACUAUAUAGUAAGUGAGAACGCAAGGUGUUAGCAUCUGAUGUCUGAACUCUUUUCCUUCAACAAAAUGUGUAGGGAACUGCUUGCUCUUUAACGAUUACUGCUAGUUGACUGAAGCAGAUGCUUUAACUUAGCCUAGAAGAAGAUAUUAAAUUAAACUACUGCAGCAUCCAGAGAGAUCAUGAUAUUCUGUAUUAGGAGAUAAGGUGUAUCUGCUUUGUUGUAACCAAUAGCAAGUUUUCUUAUUUGGGUCUGUGUCUACUGCCCUUUGUAUAAUUAUAAUGUUAAUUUCUGAGCAUUCCAACAGGGAACUCUGUAUUUUCUCUCUCUCUCUCUUUUUUCUUUUUUUUUUUUUUAACUCUAGUAGUUAA